UGUGUGUGUACCUCUCAGUAAGGACGAAGCUGUUGUCCACCAUCACAGGAACUUUUUGCAUCGGGUUCAGUUUGGUGAACUCUGGAGUCCUGUUCUCUCCUGCACCAAACCAGCACAGAGAAAAAGCGUCUGCACACUGGGACCAGUAACAUCCUGGAGUCUCUGCUGGUCUGACGCCACCAUCAGACGUUAACGUGUCACACAGCUGUUACCAGAUGAAACACAGACACGACACGUGAAGGAGCUUCAGACAAGCUGGUUGGUGGAUUCUGGACCGAGUCACACCUGCUCAUAAGACCUGAACACAUCGUGACCCCAACCAGUAACCUUUGACACGUGAAACUGGGGGAAUGUUCCUUUAAUAAGAGUGUGUGAGUGUGUGGGUGAGUGUGUGUGUGUGUGUGUGUGUGUUCAGUGUUUUUCCAGCCUCCCUCUCUGAACAGCUGACAGAAGAAGAAGGCCAGCUGAUCUAUUUAUAGCAGAGUCCCUCAGAGUCUCAGACCUGAUCCGUCUCAGUCCUGCAGCACUGCACGCCGUCUCACCACUACCAGCACCUCCACCAUGCCCGCCAGCCAGGCCCGGUCCAGGGCCAGAGACCGGAACAAUGUCCUGAACCGGCCCGAGUUUAUGUCCCUGAACCAGCCCCCCCGCAGGGAGCCGGGGCCGGGGGAGGGGCGUGGGGGUGGCAGCGGUCCGAGGAGGGCCAGCAGACAGCAGAGUCAGCAGGAGGACGGCGGAGGAAGGGGGUCCAGGGACUCUUCAGAGGGCGGCUCAGCAGCUGAUGGGGGGAUGAAGGACACGUCUCGUUGGCCGGAGCAGGACUGCAUGCAGCUGAAUCCGUCCAUUCGAGGCAUCGCCAUCAACUCUCUGCUAGCCAUCGACAUCAGUCUGUCCAAGCGUCUCGGUGUCUGCGUGGGAACACACGGGACGGGGGCCCCGCUGCGCUCCAUGGUGACCCUGCUGGCCCUCACUGGACACGCCCUUCCCUGGCUCUGUGGGACGCUGGUCUGUCUAUGGAGGAGCAACACGCUGGCUGGACAGGAAGUCCUUGUCAACCUGCUGCUGGCUCUGAUCCUGGACCUGAUGACGGUCGCUGGCGUGCAGAAGUUGGUCAAACGCCGAGGACCAUGGGACUUCCCUCCGGGGUUUCUGGACUACAUAGCCAUGGAUCUGUACUCCUUCCCAGCAGCCCAUGCCAGCCGAGCCGUCAUGGUGUCCAAGUUCCUCCUGAACCACCUGGUGCUGGCGGUGCCCCUCAGGAUCCUGCUCUACAUGUGGGCUGUCCUGGUGGGCGUAUCCCGGGUGCUGCUGGGUAAACAUCACCUGUCGGACGUCGGCUGUGGAUUCGCUCUCGGCUUCCUGCACUUCAGUCUGGUGGAGUCCGUGUGGCUCGACUCCGCCACCUGCCAGACCCUCAUCUCCAUCGGCACGCUGCGCUGGACUCCACUGGUCUGAACUGGCCUGGACUGGUCCAGUAUCCAUCAGACGCUCACCUGUAACACACUGGACACAUCUGUCUGUCCUGGUUUGGACGGCUCUGUCUGGACCUGAUGAUCUGCUCUGAUGACACAUGCUGGACGCUCCCUGUCUGGACCAGUUUUGACCAGUUUGGACUGGUCUUGCUGGAUUCUGCUACCUGCCGGACUCUUGAGACUGAAGCCGCUCCGUGUUUUGACACCGUCAUGCUUCCUGUUUAGCUCCACUUGGUGGACGGUAGCUGUGGCAGCUCGCUGUAGGGGGUCAGGACCUGGACCUGUCUGAGCAGCAGAAAUCUUAAAGCUUUUCAAAGACGCUGAACGUGUGUGUGUGUGUGUUACUGUGUGUGUGUGUGUGUUUUCACAGCUUUUUAUUCUGAUGCAGUCGUCAUGACGACACAAUGACGCCUCAGUGACGUUUGAAAUCAAAAACAAAAUCUUAACUCAAGGCCUACUGACAAGGUUGUUUUUCCAGAGCUUUCAUCAGCAGCUCACAGUCUUCAUCAAUCAACUUUACUCCAAAGCUAACUGAUGAUUAGCUUUUUUUCCCAUAGAUUUAGCGCCCCACCGUUGUACGUAUCCUCGAACCCGACAUGUUGCAGUUACAGUUUACAUCCAUGUCUGUGAAAACAUGGACGCUUCACACACAUCUUCCCUCAACAGCACUAAUCAGUUUAUUCUUCAGUCCAUGUGGACGUUUGUGCCAAAUUUAAAGAAAUUCCCUCCAGGCAUUCUUGAGAUAACAGGAGUGGGAAGGACAACCCAAAAAUGUAAUGCCUCCAGCUUCUGAGAACGCAGACACAUAAACACUCAGUAACUUUCUAAAAGAACAAUUAUGAUUUUUUUGUUUUGUUUUCAUAAACAAAUAAAAACUAAAUGAUGACGUGAAAGGUGGAAAAGUUCAUUUUUGACCUGUCGCGCUAAAGAGCGAAACAAACGGUGGCUAACGUUAGCUUAAUUAGCUAACUGCGGGGCAGUAGCUCAGUCCAUAGGAACCUGGGUUUGGAACCGGAGGGUCGCCAGUUCAAGUCCCCCUCCGGACCAAAAUAUGGACCGUGGACUGAUAGCUGGAGAGGUGCCAGUUCACCUCCUGGGCACUGCCGAGUGAGCAAGGCACCGAACCCCCAACCGCUCGGAGCGUCUGUCAUGGGCAGCCUCCUCACUCUGACAUCUCUCCGCUUAGUGCAUCUAUAGGUCCUGUUUGUGCAUGUGUGUGUUCAGACCUGUGUGUAAUUGACAACAGAGUGAAUAAAGUGAAUUUCUCCUUAGGAAUUAAUAAAGUAUAUUAAAACAAUAAUUUAAAAAAAUUACGUUAGCUUAAUUAACUAACAUUAUCGGAUCUUAAAGACGAUAAAACUGAUUUAUGAAUCAAAAUCUCACAGACGAUUCAACCAGAAGCAGAAAUGAAACAGAACAACUUAUAAAAACAUGCAGACAGCACCACAUUUAUAAAGAGGUAAGCUAACAGAGACAAGCUAACGAAAGUAACUAAUUGAGAUAAGCUAACAGAGAGAAGCUAACAGAGGUAAACUAAUGAAGAUAAACAGAGAUAAACUAACUGAGGUAAGCUAACAAAGGUAAGGUAAUUGAGAUAAGCUAACGGACUUAAACUAACACAGGGAAGCUAAUGGAGAUAAACUAACUUAGGUAAGCUAACAAAGGUGGGUCCAUGUCAUUGGUUCGACAUCCCAUUAGUCCGACUCUCCGUGGUGCUGAACGGCUUGCGGCGGCGUAUGGUGUGGCGCGACCGGCUUGAGGCAGAGCAGGCUCACGGCUUAUGUGUUUGUCACUUUCUUUUUCAUUUUAACCCACACCAUGAUCUUUUCCUGAACCUAACCAAGUGGUUUUUGUGCCUAAACCUAACCAGACCUUAACCACAGGGCAUCAUGAUGAUUUCAGAACGACAUCGACACGACUUUCCAGGACUUGAUUCAUACGCAAAUAUUUUUUAAAAACAGAUACCCUGCGUGUUCCACGUCUGGUGUUACUGCUGAUUAUCAAACUGUGAUCAAUCAAUAUUAUUUCAUCAGUUUCAAACUGAAUUUAGUUUAAAAACUUUGUCUUGUUUCGUUCAGUGAAAAAGUCAAACCUUCAGGGAGCAUCCUGACGGAACUUAAACAGCUGACGUGUUUCAGAUCCACCUGGUCAGACAUCAGUAUGAUGACAGACAGACAGACUGACGGGCACUCAGGUGACAUCACUCAGGACAUUAAAUCAAACCUAACACAUAAGUCGACCCUUUUUUCCCAUGUGAACGCUGAACUGAACACUCGGCUGUGAGACGCUGUCGCUGAUGGACACCACAGAGGAAGAAACUUUAGAUUAAGAUUUUGUUUUGUUUCAUUAAAUAAAAAAAACUUAAGAGU